CUUCCCUCCGCCUCCGCCCCCGCCCCCGCCUCCGCCCCCCGCCCCCUCCUCGCCUCCGCCAGUCCUGUCAACCCCUCCCACGCCGCCGCCAUGGACCCCGUCGCCACAUGGGGGCUAACCCCGCUCGCCGGCGCCGACCCGGAGAUCUACGACCUCCUGGAGCGCGAGAAGCGGCGCCAGCGUCGCGGCAUCGAGCUCAUCGCCUCCGAGAACUUCACCUCCUUCGCCGUCAUGGAGGCACUCGGCUCUCCGCUCACCAACAAGUACUCUGAGGGCAUGCCCGGUGCCCGCUACUACGGCGGCAACGACGUCAUCGACGAGAUCGAGAACCUCUGCCGGUCACGCGCGCUCGCUGCCUUCCGCCUCGACGCCGCGUUCUGGGGCGUCAACGUGCAGCCCUACUCGGGCUCCCCCGCCAACUUCGCCGCUUACACCGCGCUGCUCAACCCGCACGACCGGAUCAUGGGGCUUGACCUUCCCUCCGGCGGACACCUCACUCACGGCUACUAUACUGCCGGCGGGAAGAAGAUCUCCGCCACCUCGAUCUACUUUGAGAGCCUGCCGUACAAAGUGAGCGCCACCACCGGGUACAUCGACUACGAGAAACUCGAGGAGAAGGCACUUGACUUCCGCCCCAAGCUCAUCAUCUGCGGUGGCAGCGCGUACCCGAGGGACUGGGACUACUCCAGGCUCAGGGCCAUCGCCGACAAGGUCGGGGCCCUGCUGCUCUGCGACAUGGCGCACAUCAGCGGACUCGUCGCCGCGGAGGAAGCUGCAAAUCCUUUUGAAUAUUGUGAUGUGGUUACCACUACCACACACAAGUCUCUUAGAGGGCCAAGGGCUGGCAUGAUCUUCUACAGGAAAGGCCCUAAGCCCCCCAAGAAGGGCCAGCCUGAGGGUGCUGUGUAUGAUUAUGAAGACAAGAUCAACUUUGCUGUGUUCCCAUCUCUCCAAGGUGGCCCUCACAACCACCAGAUUGCUGCACUUGCUGUUGCUCUGCAGCAAACUAUGACACCUGGCUUCAAGGCCUAUGCAAAGCAAGUGAAGGCCAAUGCUGUUGCAAUUGGAAACUAUCUCAUGAGCAAGGGCUACAAGAUGGUGACUGAUGGAACUGAGAACCACCUUGUUCUCUGGGAUCUCCGCCCUCUUGGCUUGACUGGAAACAAGGUUGAAAAACUCUGUGACCUUUGCCACAUCACAUUGAACAAGAAUGCUGUCUUUGGUGACAGCAGUGCAUUGGCUCCGGGUGGUGUCCGCAUUGGUGCGCCAGCAAUGACCUCGAGGGGUCUAGUGGAGAAGGACUUUGAGCAGAUUGGAGAGUUCCUCCACCAGGCGGUGACCAUCUGCCUGAACAUUCAGAAGGAGUACGGCAAGCUCCUCAAGGACUUCAACAAGGGCCUGUUGAACAACAAGGACAUUGAGAACCUCAAGACCCAGGUGGAGAAGUUCGCCGACUCUUUCGACAUGCCUGGGUUCACGCUUGAGAGCAUGAAGUACAAGGAGUAGAUGUCUCCCGUGUAUAACAAGGCCCUCUUGUACCAAUGUUUUUCUUGGCCAUGGCGGAGGGUGCCAUGGCACUGCACUGCCACACUUAAGGUGAUGAUGGCUUAUGGAUUUUGUCUACAACGUCAGCAGUAUAGGCUCACAAGUGCCCCCUGCCCUCUGGUUUGGUCGCCUUCGGUUUAUCAGGUUUUCCUUUGGUACUUGUUCGCAGGGAGUCAUGAAAAUGUCAAUCAGGUGUUUGCCAAUAAUAAUUCCGUGGUUUCAGCCAGCAGCUUUUUUUAUAAA